ACAGAGUGGUAAUACCGUAAUUAUACCCUCAGUUCCACUUUUGUGCCCUUGGAUGCCUCCACCUCAACCGCUUUUCUUUACCUUCCGCCUUGGCCCCGCGCUCCGCCCCCGACCUCGCUCGGCCGCCGAAGCCGGCGACGAGACGUCUCGGCUGCGACGGCGAUGCUCGAUGGUCGCAUGGAUCGCGACGAAGAGGAGGAAGAGAUGGAGGAGGAGGAAUUGGGGCCGGAUGGUACGCCGAUGCCGUGGCCGACAAGCCCGAUCCUACUCCUCCCUCGGGACGCGCUCUAUAACGUCCUCGGUCGCCUUACCCUCCGCGAGGCGCUCGCUUGCCGCCCCGUCUGCCGCGUCUUCCUUGACGCCCUCUCCUCCACUCCCUUCUUGGCGUCCCUAGCCCCGCUCCGCCUCCUCGCCCUCCGCCACCCCCGGGCCGCCGAAGCUUCCUCCUCGCCCUCGCUCUACGCCUUCGAUCCCUCCCUCCGUCGUUGGCUCCGGCUCCCCCUCGCCUUUCUCCCGUUCCGAUCUUCUUCCCCCGUCACCGCCUCCCCUUCCCCCUCUCUCCUCUACCUGUGGGUCGAUGCCGUCCCCUCCCCCUCCACCGUCACCGGUGCCAAGAACCACCCUAAAUCCCUCGCCGUAUGCAAUCCCCUCACCGGAUCCCACCGCCUCCUCCCCCCGCUCGGCUCUGCCUGGUCCCGCCACGGCACCGUACUCGCCGGCCCUGGCGGCGCCGUCCUUGUCGUCACGGAGCUCGCCGCCCUAUCCUACGCCCCGGGCACCGAUCGCUGGCUUAAGUUCCCCUUAAGCCUCCCCUCCAAGCCGCGGAGCCCGAUCCUGAUGUCCGGCGCCGUUUUCGCUCUCUGCGACGUCGGCACCCCCUGGCGGAGCCAGUGGAAGCUCUUCUCCUGCCACCUACGCGACCUCGGCGGCACCCGCGGGUGGACCUCGCUCGAUCGGCACGAGUGGCGAGACAUGUUUAACAUCCUGAAGCGGCCGCGGCUCCUUCCUGGUGCGGGGGGCAGGCGGAUUCUGAUGAUCGGAGGGUUGAGGUCCUCGUUCGCGGUGGACGGUCCAUGCUCGACGGUCAUGAUCCUGAGGCUGGAUCUGGCGACGAUUGAGUGGGAGGAAGCGGGGAGGAUGCCGCAGGAGAUGUACAGGUGCUUUGGAGGUGGAGUCUUUGGGCCAAUGGCAGCACCAGCGGCAGCUGGGGGCAACAAUAAGGUGAAAGUCUUUGGUGGAGAUGGGAGGAUAUGGUUCUCAGGGAAGAGGGUGAGAGGAAAGCUGAUAAUGUGGGAGGAGGACGACAUCGGAGGUAGUGGCGGUGGCCUGUGGAGUUGGGUGGACGGUAUUCCAGGUUACAAUGAGGGCAUGUACAGGGGUUUUGUGUUUGAUGCUGGAUUCACUGCUACACCUUGAAUUGCUCAAUGAACUGCAUGUGCAGUGGCGACUGUGAUAUUAAUGUUCUUUAUCUGCUUUCUUUGGUGAAAAUUUUCAGAGCCGACAAGCUAAUAAUUCAUACUCUUCAUCACAAAAUAAUUCAUACUCUCAACAAAAAAUCACUGGGAAGGGAGCAUGAUGCAUAUUGAAAAAUGUGGUGGAUAAAUCAGCAUUUGCAUCAGGAGUUAUGACAGAGGGAGUGCGCCCUAUUGCCUUUCUAUAUACAAGAACCCCUUUUGGAGUAGUUAUGCCUGUGUGAAGCUUGUGGUGAUCAUGUACAAGUUGCCAUGGCAAUCAUGUUCUGUCGAUUGAGAAUGAGAACCCGAAGGUGUUUCCAGGGGAACUGGAGAGUCAAAAAAGAAGAUGCAUUCGAUUUCUAUGUAUUUGCUCGGCACCCGCUAAGGUCAUCCAGAACGUGUCACUCGUUCAACAGUAGUGUUGCGGUGGAACGAAUGGAGCGAUAUAUGAAUUUGUUCCUGUGCUUAUGAAACUGUCAAGCGAAUGACAUCCAGCUGAGAGGUUUGUCUUCCAUAAGGUUAUUGCUUAUGUAAUCAUUGAUCAUCAUUCCGGUCAUGAAAACAUCUUCUAUUGUUAGUCUUCUACACUUAAAUUUCUGUUGGUUGCCCAACUAGAAAUUCCAAGAAACUCAACUUUUA